CUCUUGAGCGCCUGUAACAACUCUAUCUUAUCGUCAAAGCUGUACCAAACUUCAGUGACAUCUCUAAGGCAAGCACAUCCAUGCAUGCAGGCAUGCAAUCCCACCUCCUCAGCCCUCGAUGCUGCAAAAAUCCAUUACAGAAAAGCACCCAAUGAAGAACCUGACAGUUGGGUGUCAGUAAAGAUGGUAAUGAGCCGGUUCCAAAAAUAGCACGCACCUGGAACACAAUCUGUGCGCGCAUGCGCACAUGAAACCACCUCACGUUCACUCUCGUUCUCACUCUCCCGCACACUGCUCUCGCCCCCACUACAAGGAAAAAAUGCUGUGCCUUUCUGGCUCUUCCAGUCUGUAUGUUCCUCCAAACCCUUAAGAACCCGUGACACCUCGACAACCUCCAAACUCCACUUACUCACUCUCUCACUCCCUAUCUGUUCUCAACUCGCCAGCCACCAGCAAUCCCAGGCCCACGUACGGAGAGGGCUGCAGCAUGCCUUCGCGCAACAAAGCGACACAACCCUUCAUCGUCACAGUCAACACCGACGACUCAAACUCGAGGCACUCAGACUCGAGGCACUUACACAUACACAUACACACACACACAGAGAGAGAGAGAGACUGCACAAUCUGGGAAAAAUACUCCCUCAACCCUCCACAGAAAUCCUCCUGCUGAUGUGUUUUUUUCUCCGACACAGCCAUUCAUCAUCACAGUCGACGCAAACAAACUCAGACUCGAGGCACACAAACACAGGCACGCCCACACACGAAGCCAGAAACACUCUCCGCGUUGCAGCAGUGAUGAGACCCCCGCUGCCCCUUUCAGGUCUCUUUGUGCGGAAACGGCUUCAGGGGAUCUAUUUUGAAAUGCCUGAUCAGAUUCUUAGACAUGACCUGCUCCGCCUCCGCCACAGUGUAAUUGACGCGCUUCAUACUUUUGAUGACCCCCCGUUUGUAGAGGGCGUAAACGAGGGGCAGGCCAGACAUGUCGCUUCCAUAUACCACGCGGUCAAGCACGCCCUUCUGCUUCACCUUCUGGAAGACCCAGUCAAGAUAGCUGCCGCAUUGAUCAAAUUUACAGCUCCCAAAUGCUGAAAUCUCGAGCAGCACAUUGGGGUAUCUCUCCGCCAUCUCGAUGACCUCUGGAAGUCUGUCAUCGCCUUCAUCGUUGAAGUCGAAGCCCAUGUGGCCGAGGAUAAAUGUGACAUUCUGGUACCGCUGGAUUGCUGGCUCCAGAAACUCGACGAGAUAGGUGCGCCGGAACUUCUCCCGUUCGGCUUCAGUCUUGUCACUGAGCUUCUGCAGUGGGGUCGACCCGAUGUGAUGGUAUACGGGGACUCCGUACUUCGCCGCUGUCUGAUAAAUCGGGUCGUAUCUCCGAUCGUCGAGCGCGAAGUUGUUGUGGAUGAAUGCGAGUUUGAUCCCCACAACCAACGGGUGCUCGAGUGUCUUCGACAGAUUCGCAAUGGCGAUUUCUUUGCUGUUAUCCCAGUCGGUCAUGUUGACGCCUGAGAACCCGACGAACUGUGGAUGGCCAUCGCGGAUGUUGCGGGGGUCCUCGAGGUGCUUGAUGAGGCUCUCCUGGGAGGCGAUGCCCCAAGUCUUAGGGGCGUAGACCGACAGCAUAACGCCGACAUCGAUCCUCGCAAACCCAUUCUGCUGCUUCAUUCCCAAGAAAGAGCCGUAGGGCGCAGCAGUGAACUUUGACGAGGUCUUGAGCAGGAACUUCUUCAGGAAGUCAGGCAGCACAGGUAUCUCCUCCGUGAGAUGCUUUUUUCCCAAUUCACCCAUGUCUUCAAAGGAUCCAAAAUGCUGGUGCAUGUCGACGACUUUGAGGUCGCGAAGAUUCCUCAGGUCUUUAAGCAGUGUAACCUCCUUCGGGGGCUGAGGGGUCCCUUCCCCGGCUGUUGCUGCGCCCAGCAGAGUCCGCGGAGCCUUUUGCCGCUGAAGGACCGACGUGAGGGACUGCGACGGAAGAGCCUGCGGAACGAAUGCCGCGAUGGUGAGGAGAACAGACGUGGUGAGAAGGAGUGGAAGGAUGACUCUGCUCAGCUUCAUUGCAGAAUCCAGGGUAGAUGUCAGGAAGCAAGGACGAACCAGCGAGUGCUUAGCU